AUGGAGGGCUAUCACCCAGAGCUGAAGGUGAUACUUGAUGAUGGAAACUAUACGUACUGGAAGUCGAGGACGAGAGCGAAUAUUCAAUGCAUUGAUGAGGCUGCUUGGUACCUGACUGAACAUGGAUGGAAACCCCCCACAGUCACGGUUGAUGGAGUGACUACAGACGUUCCUCGAGAACGCUGGACUACAGCUCAGCGAGAUGAAUACAAAUUCAAUGCUAGAGCACUGGCACAGAUUCAUGGUAGCUGUUCCAAGAAACAGUUUGAGCUGAUUCAAGGCUGUACUAAGUCAAAGGAGGCAUGGGAUAUUGAUAUCUUGCGUCUAAAGACGUACAGGGAGAGCUUUGGUCACAUGGACCAACAGGGGAGAAAGCAGGCGAAAGGAGCUCGAUCGAGUCAGCAAGGCUCGAUCGACCGUGCACAGGAGGAGUCGAUCGACCUCAUACGCAGAGCCAGCUCGAUCGAACACAUGCAGAACGAGCUCGAUCGACCCAUGUCGACGAGUACUCGAUCGAUCCCAUGCAGAGCAAGCAGCUCGAUCGAUCCCGUUCUAUCUCAGCCGUUCGAUCAACCCGCUCAGAUGAUAUCACAGCCGUUCGAUCUACUUGGUGCAAACCGACUUCGAUCGAACCACAGCGAACCGGAUUGA